AUGAGAGACCAAACUAAAGAAGUUGAUAAAAACAUGAAAUGGGAGAUUAAGAAGGCUGGUUACAAGUGGGGAUCCCGUGAAGCUAUGCCCUCUGUUGUCCUGUUCAUCAUAAUCCAACACCAAGCUUCUGGCAAAGAUCGUGAAGCCCAGUCUGCUGGGCCCAUGCCCAACUCUGGGUUGUCGUCUCGGUUCGUUCAUCAAAACGAAGUCGUUAUUGCACCAAACCAAACAUUACAAACAGUGUAG